AUGAGCCUAACGAAAGGCUCGCCUGAGCGCGCCAAGUUGGAGGAGGCCCUGAACAAGCUCAAGUCUGAACUCCCCGCACGCAGCGACCUUUUCUACAAUGGCCAGGUUCACUCCGCCUCCAAGUCUUUCGACACCGUUAUGCCCCACGCCCACGGAAAGAAGUUCUCCAACUUCCCUCUCGCGUCCAAGGAGCAGGUUGCUGCCGCCAUCGACUCCGCGCUGGAGGCUAAGAAGAGCUGGGAGAACACACCUUUCGUCGACAGGGCGGCGAUCUUCCUGAAGGCCGCCGAGCUGGUCGUCACCAAGUACAGAUAUGAGCUUAUUGCCGCUACUAUGCUCGGCCAGGGCAAGAACAUGUGGCAGGGAGAGAUUGACGCGGCUGCGGAGUUGGCCGACUUCUUCAGACUUAACUGCAACUUUGCUGCUGAGAUCCUCGAGAAGCAGCCUGAGCGUGGAUCUGACGGCAUGUGGAGUCGUCUGGAGUGGCGCCCUCUCGAGGGAUUCGUCUACGCCGUAUCCCCCUUUAACUUCACCGCUAUCGGUGGCAACCUGAUUUCCGGCCCCGCGCUCCUGGGCAACGUUUUGCUCUGGAAGCCUUCGCCCAGCAACAUCUACGCCAGUCAGCUUGUCUACAACAUCCUCCUCGAGGCCGGUCUUCCUCCCAACGUUAUCCAGUUCGUCCCCGGUGACGCCGAGGAGGUCACCGAUGUCGUCCUCAAGCACCGCGAAUUCGCUGGCCUGAACUUCGUCGGCUCCUCUGACGUCUUCCGCUCCUUGUACGCCAAGAUCGGCGAGGGCAUCGGCAACAAGACCUACCGCGACUUCCCCAAGAUCGUCGGCGAGACCAGCGGCAAGAACUUCCACCUCAUCCACCCCUCCGCCGACAUCGACAGCGCCGCCCUCCACACCCUCCGCGGCGCCUUCGAGUACCAGGGCCAGAAGUGCUCUGCCACUUCCCGCGUCUACAUCCCCCAGUCCCGCGCCGACGAGUUCCUGUCCAAGUUGACCGAGAACGUCAAGAAGAUCACCAUCGGCAGCCCCGACGGCAACCUCAACGCCUUCAUGGGCCCCGUCAUCCACGACCGCUCUUUCGAGAAGAUCAAGCGCAUCAUCGACGAGAGCAACAAGGACCCCUCUCUGAAGCUGCUCGUUGGCGGCACCUACGACGGCUCCAACGGAUACUACGUCAACCCGACCGUCUACCUCGCCGACUCCGCCGAGCACCGUCUCUUCAACGAGGAGAUCUUCGGCCCCGUCCUGGCCGUCAACAUCUACCCCGACGCCGAGUGGUCCUCCACUCUGAAGAAGGUCGACCAGGGUGGCGGCGGCUUCGCCCUCACCGGCGCCGUGUUCGCCAAGGACCGCACCGCCAUCCGCGAGGCGGAGGACACCCUCCGCUACUCUGCCGGCAACUUCUACAUCAACUGCAAGACCACCGCCGCCCUCAUCGGCCAACAGUCCUUCGGCGGUGCCCGUAGCUCCGGAACCAACGACAAGGCCGGCAGCGCUGACGUCAUGAGACGCUUCACGAGCCCGAGGUUGAUCAAGGAGGAGUUCUUCCCCCUGACCGACUUCGAGUACCCCAGCAACAAAUAA